GUGUUGGGUCUCACCUCCCCUUUUUCAGGCUCUGAAAUAAUUUCUCCUGGGAGACAUGUGUAUCCUUUCACCUUCCAGAUUCCAGCCAAGUAAGUGUUCCAUCCAUCACAUAUUUGUGGGUUUAUAUUUUUCAUUGGAGGAAACAAUAAUCACAGAUGUUGUUAUGUAAAAAAGGCCUUCUAGUGGUUUCCACAGAUAGAUGAUAAUGAGUUUUCUUUUUUUCACAUUUCCUCUCAGAGAAAUGCCUUCAUCUUACAUGGGGAAAUGGGGCAAAAUCACCUACUAUUUGAAGGCCAAGUUGAUCAGGACGCUUUGGUUGAUAGACAGAGCCAAGACAGAGUUCACGUAUCUGUCAAAGACGAAUAUGAUAAUUCCUGGACUGAGGGAGCCCCAGCAUGGUUCCAAGAUUCUAUAUUUUGCCUCUGGAGAUAUCUCUUUGGACAUUCAUAUUGAGACAAUGGGGUAUCUAUCAGGUGAAGCAAUAAAAAUCCUUGUUGAGAUACACAACAACUCUACAUGCACAGUAACCCCCAACUUCUACCUAUAUGAAGAGCAAAGCUUCUUCGCCAAGCAUAAAAGGAACAUCUACACCAAUGACAUCAUUAAAGAGAGAGGAGAUCCUGUUACGGCUUCUACAAGACAGACUGUGACCAAAGUGCUGACUAUCCCUCCACAACUCCCUGUCUCCCUCCUAGACUGCUCCAUACUGAAGUUAGAGUACAGACUGAAGGUCACUCUUGACGUCCCAACGGCCAAAGACCCAGAGGUUAAACUUCCCCUGGUUAUCCUCCUGGAUAAAUCAAUAGCAGCUGAGGAACGGCAGCAGGAAUACAGCUGGUCUAAAUGA